GCAAUUUAAAGAAGUAUAUAAAGUAAAAGGUUUGCGCAAAAGUUUGUCAAUUGUUUGGUUGUCUCAAAAUAUAUCCAUCAUGAAAGUAUUUGUGGUUCUUUUCGCUCUCGUCACCGUGUCCUUGGCAGCGUCCUUGGGAGGUCCUGAAUCCACAGCCGAAGUUCUAAAAAGCCAUGUUGAGAACAUUGGAGUCGAAGGAUUCAACUACGGUUAUGAAACCAGCAACGGUAUCGCAGCUGAAGAGACCGGUCACAUAGUAAACGCAGGUGCCGAAAAUGAAGCUGUAGCUGUCCAAGGUAGCUACAAAUAUACAGCCCCAGAUGGCGUUGUAUACGCUGUAACUUACAUCGCUGACGAAAACGGUUUCCAACCACAAGUAGGACUUAAAUCGAACUAUUGCACAAAGGUAGCUGUUCUUGUCGCUGUCUUGGCUGUAGCUGCAGCUGCACCCCAAAGAAACCCAGAAGCUGAUGCAACUGUCAUAAAAAACGUCUUGGACAAUAUUGGGACUGAUGGCUACCAAUAUGCCUAUGAAACUAGCAACCAAAUUUCAGCACAGGAACAAGGACAAUUGAUCAACCCAGGUACUGAAAACGAAAGUAUUUCAGUUCGGGGUUCUUACAGAUAUUUGGGUCCAGAUGGUGUAGUCUACGAAGUCACUUACAUUGCCGAUGAUAACGGUUUCCAACCACAAGGCGCCCAUUUACCAGUAAUUGCCUUAUUUGCACUGGUUGCUGUUAUAUUGGCUGCCCCUCAAGGGCUUGAAAAAGAUGCCACCGUUUUAAGAAACGAUUUGGAAAACAUUGGUACCGAUGGCUUCAACUACGCCUACGAAACGAGCAACGGAAUCUCCGCCCAGGAGCAAGGGCAACUUAACAACGCUGGUACAGAAAACGAGUCUCUAUCAGUGCGAGGCUCCUACAGAUACAUCGGUAUCGACGGUCAAACUUACGAAGUCACUUACAUCGCCGACGAAAAUGGUUUCCAACCACAAGGCGCACAUUUACCAGUAGCCAACUAAAUUUUAGGUGUUGCUGUUUUAUAAAAAAAUUGUAAAAAGUGUACAAAAAUUCAAUGUAUGU